CAAAACCCUGGAGCCGGCCCUGCUAAUACCCAUCCUCAAUGGUAUCCUUGUCCACUGGCUCAGCCUUGCAGUUGUCCCCUGCACACCUGCCGUUGGGUCCAUGUUCACAGGCCAGGAGGGCCCAGCAAAGCCAGGGACAGAGAGAGCUGCCCGCCCUGAUUGGUAAGAUGCACGUGCUACAGUAGCUGCUCUGCCUUAUGCCUGGGUCUUCCCUUCAUUUGGGCAGGUGUCUAAGAUGCCAGAGGGCCCAGAGCUGCACCUGGCCAGCUGCUACAUCAACACGGUAUGUGCAGGGCUCAUCUUCUCGGGGAAGGUGGAGAAGUCUGAAGUGAGCAAGAACCCAGAGGUGCUGUUUGAGAGCGACGCGUACCUGAUCUCUGCCACCUCACGGGGCAAGGAGAUCAAGCUGACCCUGACGCCACUCAAAGAGGAGAAGAACACGCUCCCUGGCAGAGGGAAGGACAGGGAGGGGCUGAGCCAGAAUGGUCUCCAGCAGCCCAUGGAUAUUGUCUUCCGCUUUGGAAUGUCAGGCAGCUUCAAGCUCGCUUCCGGGGCCGAGCUGCCCAAACACGCCCAUCUUCGGUUUUACACCAAAGAGAGCCCACACCGAGCCCUCUGCUUCGUGGAUAUCAGGCGCUUCGGGAGGUGGGAAGUGCAUGGGACGUGGCAGCUGGAUCGAGGGCCAUGUGUGAUGCUGGAGUAUGAGAAAUUCAGGGAGAACGUGCUGAGGAACCUGUCUGACAAGGCUUUCAACAAGCCCAUCUGCGAAGCCCUGUUAAAUCAGAAGUUUUUCAAUGGGAUUGGCAACUACCUCCGAGCCGAGAUUCUCUACAGGUUAAAGAUCCCUCCCUUUGAGAAGGCUCGGACGGUGCUAGAGGCUCUUCAGCAUCGGAAGCAGAGUCCGGACCUGACCUUGAGCAAGAAAGUGAAGUUAAAGCGGGAGAAUCCAGACCUGCUGGAGCUCUGCCAUGCGGUGCCCAUGGAGGUCAUUCACAUAGGGGGGAAGGGUUACAGCCCGGAGCCCUCUGAUGAUGCCGCGGCCUUUGAGGAGUGGCUGCAGUGUUACUGUGUCCCUGGCAUGAGGUCGCUGCGUGAUGGCAAUGGCAGGACCAUCUGGUUUCAGGGGGAGCCUGGACCUAUGGCCCCGAAAGGAGAAAAGUCCCGCAAGAGGCGCUUGCGGGUGAAUGCUGACCCUGAGCCUCCAAGUCCAAAGGUCACAAAGCCGGUGCCUACGAGAAGUUCGAAGGGCAGCAGCAGCCAAGAGAAGGUAGCAAAGCGAUCUGGCAGGAAGAAGGGGAAAGAGCCCGUCCAAGGAGCCAAGAACGUCAAGGCAAAUGAAGCAAGAAAGCCAAACGCCAGGUCCAGAAGGAAAGCAUCAACAAGUCAAGAGUCUCCCACGAGCGAAGCUCCUGCUGCAGAUAGGAAGAGGCAGGCAUCUGAUCGGAGAAGCACAGGAGCAGCUACUGCUGCCCCAAGAUCCAGGCGGGUGAAGGCUGAAUGACUGGUCUGGCACGGCAUCUGUCCUCGCUCCAGCCUGGGGUAACUCGGACGGGAGCUCGCUUGCUACUGCUGCACGUGCUGAGGGAGACGCGCUGGGAGCAGCUGCUGGGGUGACUCUUCUCUCAAGCGGGCGUGCCCGCUGCAUUGUUUCUUAGAUCCUUCCUCAGAGGGGCUUGCUGCCGGGGCUCUAAGCAGCUGACGCAAGAGCCAUGCCCCAUGAAAUGGAGAAGGUGAUGCCGUGGCGUCAGCCUCCCUGCUCAGUUACGGGGUUUUAUUCCUUUUUAAAUGCGGCUCCAGGACACAGCAAUUGGGUGACUUUGUAUCGAACCCCUUGGAAGCUGCCGGGGCACCCGCUGGUGACUGCAGCUGAGAGCUGGCGGCUCUGGGCAGGGAGGUGGGAAACGCACCGAGUAGGGGAAGUCUGAGGUUGAAACUGUUUCCUGAGGGUCAGGUUAAAUAUCCUCAGAAGACCCUAGCUCUUCAUUCCCUGCUCCCUGCUCUCAGCUGCCCUUUGCAGCCUCCCUGCCCGCAGCCACGAGAUGGCUCUGGCUUCAGAGGCUGUGUUUGGCCCAAGUUAGUGAGGACAGAGCGGAGUUUGCAAAUGUUUUUAUUGCCCUGGCUGAUUCCAGAGUCUCUAACCCUUGCUCUGCAGGAGGGCUGAGCUUUGCAGAUCAGCAGCAUUUUAUCUCGUGUAACUCAGGAGGAGGGUGGCAGUGGCAUGUCUGAAUAAGGGAUCAACUUUGCUACCAGAAACACGUGCAGUCUCUCGGCAGCGGGCGUGCAAGCUUUUUCUUGCUGUCCCGCUCGUAUGCCUGAGCGCUGGUGGGGAUCAGAAGGUAGGACAGCCUGGGUGGCUCUGUCAGAAAUUCACCUCUGCAGAGGGGAUGUGCAGACACUUAGCUGUUGUGUGGAGUGAGUCCAUCAGUCAGUCACUCCUGAGCUGGGCUGCCCAGAAACCAGUGCCCUGAGGUUACAGGCUCAGCUGCUGUGCCAACCUGCCCACCCUCCCCAUAGUGUGGUUCUCUGACUCAACUGCCAGUGCUUUUAGCAAUCUGAUUUUAGUACUAACAAUAAAACUUUUCCAUAAACAAUCCUUUGUGUGGCUGCUUUGCUGUCACUGCAGAAGACUCUCUGCUGUUCUGGAGGCCAAGUAUUAGGGCAAAGCAGCAAUACAGUAGUAGUAUGGCUUACAGCCAGGUCAGGGCAUUCUGCUGGGACCUGCCCUUUCUGGGUGCUAGUGGUUCGGAUGUGCCUCUUUUCCAGCUAGUUAAAGGGAGUUCCUAGUGGCCAUAGCUAAGCUGUACUGGAUUCCUGUUGUGAGCAUUCACAUGAGGAUUCAAAUGGGGAAGGAAGCUAUACAAAUACCUGUCCAUAAAUGGAAUAAAGAAGCCCUUGUAAUAACUGGGAGUUAAUGGCAGAUUCUUCUGGUGCCAGUUCAGGUGCUAGCCUGGAUCAUUUGACUAGAACUAUUUUUUUUUUUUCAUGUCUGGAGGGAGUUGGGGGCCUUUGACCGUGGGUGAGAACCCUGGCUCCCCAUCUCAAUUAGGAAACUGUUGCAGUGAAACUGAAGGGCUCUUGAGAAUGCCCCCUGUGACAGUCUGUACCCUUAUGCUCACCACUUUGUACAAGAGUGAUCAUGGUUUUGUAAAAGUAUGCCUUGUGAGGUAUCAUUUGAAAGGUCAUAAUCGGCUGAACAUUAUUGUCCUGGUAAAAUAUGUG